CAUAAUGUCAAACUUGUCACUCACGAAAUAAAAUUAUUUGUAACUGUCCUAUCGAAUGUAAAUUAAAAAUGUUCGAAAAGAACAAUUUAAAAAUUGGAAUGGGUCCCAAUACCUUGGAGAUUUCACCAGAAUUAUAUGCCUGUAACAGACAAAGAUUGAUAGAACGCUUGCAAGUGAAAGACGUUAGAAAAGGAUCGUUGGUUUUUUUACAAGGUGGCCAGGAUGUUCCAAUUUACAAUUCGGAUGUAACCUACCCAUUUCGACAGGAACCGUUUUUUAUGUGGGCAUUUGGUGUUACGGACCCUUUAUGUUACGCUGCUCUAGAAGUGGACACGAGCACCACGCACUUAUUCAUUCCUCGAUAUCCAGAUGAGUACUGCAUCUGGAUGGGACCACAGCUUACGUUUGAGGAAUUUCGAAAAAAAUAUGGCAUCGACAAUGUUUACUACGCAAGUGAAAUUGUGGAGGUUUUGAAAAGUUUGGAACCGACUGUGUUGUUAUUGCUUAAUGGUUGUAACACAGACAGCGGUUUAGAAAUCGAACCUGCUCACUUUGACGGUAUUGACCUUUUCGAUUUGGACGUAUCGACUCUGUACCCGGAAAUGUCGGAACUUAGGGUCGUAAAAACGGAUUAUGAACUAGAAGUAAUUAAUUACGUCACGGGAUUGACAGCUGCGGCGUUGAGGCGCAUCUUGAAGUACGUCAAGCCUGGCCUAAUGGAAUACCAGUGCGAAUCUGAGUUUCUUCACUUUAUUUACAAUAUGGGCGGAUGCCGACAUGCGGCUUUCACUAGUACUUGCGCCUCUGGACCUAAUACAGCCAUCCUUCACUACGGUCACACCGGUAUGCCCAACAACGGAAAGCUCGGCAGCGGAGAAAUGUGCCUCUUCGAAAUGGGCGCGAGUUAUUUUGGCUACUCAACAGCAAUCGCCUGUUCGUUUCCAGUUAAUGGCAAGUUUACAAGUGAGCAGAGAAUCAUAUACGAGUCGGUGCUUAAAGUUAGUCACGCUAUUCAAAAUGAAGCCCGUCCCGGUACCAGCUGGUCUUGUAUGCAUAUUUUGGGCAAUCGCGUCCUUCUUUCGGGUUUAAAAGAUGCCGGCUUAUUAAAAGGUGACAUUUCUGUGAUGGUAACUGCCGGAUUGGGUGCGAUUUUUCAGCCUUACGGUUUGGGCCACUUGAUCGGACUGGAUGUGCACGACGUCGGCGGCUACCUUCCGGAAUCACCACCUCGACUCAAACACCCAAAAGGUAUGGAGCGAUUGCGAACAUCGAGAGUUUUGAAGAAGGGCAUGGUGUUGACCAUCGAGCCCGGCUGCUAUUUUAUCGACUAUCUUCUUGACUGUGCGGUUAACGACUCCCUACUUCAACAGUUUCUGGUAAUGGAUGUUAUAAAUCGAUUCAGACGAAUGGGCGGGGUUCGUAUUGAGGAUCUCUUUGUUGUUACCGAGAUUGGGGUUAAAAAACUUGGCGAAGUACCUCGAACCGUUACCGAAAUUGAAGAUUGUAUGGAAAAAGUCGAAGGUUACUGACACACAACAAGGGAUCAUUACGUUUGCUUUUGUUAAAAAAUACCGUCUCACAAAUAAUAUCGUGAUUAUUUAUAAAAAAUGUUUCACGUUAAUAAUAAUUAACUAAUUUUUUGCUAUAAAUAUAUAAUGAUAUUUUGUAAGAGUAGGUACUUAUACGACAACGACAUUGCACGCCUUUGGACAUAGGUAAAGGAAAUGGGAAAAUGAAAAGCUUCGAUCCCACAGUUCCAUUGAAUUGCAUUUAGGCCAAGGGUUCAAUUUUGAGUGUACAUAAGUGCCUACACUUACCUGGGUUAAACGCUCAAAUUCGCAUUCGAACGUAGGUAAGCUAUAUGAAUCUGGAAGUCGAUCUGAGCUCCACGUGGAAUGUAAAGCUGUAAAAAACGGUGGAAUUUCGCAGUAAAAGACUUUGUCAGCAAUUAAUUUUUUUUAUUUUAAAAU